UUAGUUAGAGCUAUGUAUAAUGUGGCACAGUUGAUAUAUUCAAGUCAGCUGUUUUUAGGUGCCUCUAAGCUGAGCGUCCUCCCAUGUGUAGUCAAGAACAGGAAAACGGUGUCGUCUGUUCUUCUUUCACUUGUGAGAGGUAGCAAUGCAGAGAUGCACAGCGACUGGAUUGCUUGCAUUAUUGUGCUCCUGUCCUUUUCUCCAAUAUUUUCCUGCUUUCACACCAAAGAUGGGGAAAAAUACAGCUUACGCAUCAAAGACAGGUACCUGGUAAUACAGACAGUGAUGUCAGAUGCUGACAAUGCUUCGAUCAACUGCCCAGGUCUGGAAGUCAAUAAGGAGAACGUUCAUAUCACUCUAUACAAGGACACAGAGCUGCAUUUUACAGUUUUCCAAAAGACUCAAGUAACAAACACCUCAAAGGAGAAGCAAAGGUUUAGUGCCCAUGUUAAGAAUGACACUGUAGAUUAUGUGAUAGAUAUGCCUCAAGUCAGUGACACAGGCUUGUACAACUGCACAGUUGCACAUGGAGAUGCUGCCAAAACAACUCACACUUAUCUUCUUGUUACAGAUCCAAGGCUUCCGUCCUCUAUCCAUGAGGGACAGACAGUGUCUUGGCUACUGCUUGCAGCAGGCUGCGGGUUACUGGCUUUGUAUAACAUUAUUUCCACAAUUGUCAGCUGCUUCUUUGCUUGGAAACUCAAGCAUCAGGAUACAUACCAGAAUGACUACUUCAACACAAGGCCAGGAGAGUUCUCAAAAGCCAAAUAAGUUCAGCAUCCGCUCCAGAUGCCACCCAAUCACUGGCCAUACCAGUUCACUUGUAACUGACCAGUAACUGACCAAGUGACUAUGUCCAGUCACCUUAGUAAAAACAUUGUUCUGAUUGUCUAAGUAUAAUUUUGAAUAUGUGUGUAAUUUAUUAAAAUAUUUUCUGAAUAUGGACUUAUUGGGAAAACUGUUCAAUAAAACAAAGUGUGUGAA